AUGUUAAAUCCAAAAGUUUCAUUAGAUGGAAAAGUUUCUAUUGAAAAACACACGUUUGGUCAAAAGGAAGCAAGGAGGGAGCUUGCAUCCAUGAUCAUUUUACACGAGUACCCUUUAUCCAUGGUUGAGCAUGUCAGUUUUAGACGUUUUACAAGCUCUCUUCAACCUCUAUUUAAGCGGGUUUCUCGAAAUACCAUUAAAAAGGAAAUUUUUGAAAUUUACAAUUUCGAUAAAGCUAAAAGUUUGAGCUUACUGGAAGCAAGUAAAAGUCAGAUUGCCCUCACCACUGAUAUGUGGACAUCUAGCAACCAAAACAAGGGAUUUAUGGUCCUAACAGCUCACUUCAUUGAUGAUUCAUGGGCAUUGCAGAAUUGGAUACUAAGCUUUCUAAUCAACUUAUUGAUACAAUGGUGGAAUGGAAUAUCGCUAGGAUCUACUGUAAAUGUUGAUAAUUGCUCAACUAAUGACUUGAUGCUUGAAAAAAUUGAAGAAAAACUUUCUAAAGAGCAUCUUGUGUUGGAAGGGAAACUCUUACACAUGAGAUGUGCGACCCAUAUAUUAAACUUAAUUGUAAGAUAUGGUUUGGAUGUCAUAGGAGAUGCCAUUGAGAAAAUUCGUGAUAAUGUUUAUUAUUGGAAAGUAACUCCAAAACGAAGUGAAGAAUUUGAAAAAAUGGCUCAUAAAGUACUAAAGGUUUCGUCAACGAAAAAGUUGAUACUCGAUUGUAGAACAAAGUGGAACUCGACUUAUAUGAUGUUAGAUGUUGCAUUGGGUUAUAAAGAUGUGUUUCCAAGCAUGAAACUUAAAGAUAAAAAGUAUGUCUGUAAACCAGGGGAUGAAGAUUGGAAGCUAGCUCAAGUUAUUUGUGACAAGCUCAAGACAUUCUAUGAAGUAUGUAAACUCAAGAUUGAUUUAACAAAGUGGAAAGAUGAUGAGAACGAAACUGUUUCUUCUAUGGCCAUUAGUAUGUUGAAAAAGUUUAACAAGUUCUGGUCAGAAGUUAAUGGUAUUAUGGUUGUGGCGUCUUUUCUAGAUCCGAGGAUUAUGCAAAACAUAAGAGUUCUAGAAAGGAUGGGGAGUCAUCAACAUGUCAGAAUGUCUAAUAUGGAUGUUAAUGAUCAUUUGUCUCAAUAUGAUGAAUUCGUUAAAGAGGCUGUUAGUGCAACUCCCGCUACAUCAAAAUUUAUGAAGUAUAAGAAUGAACCAGUUAAACCUAGGACGGCUGAUUUUGAUGUGUUGGCAUGGUGGAAGGUCAAUGCACGGGAUUUCCCAACUUUAGCUAUAAUUGCUUUAUAG